CGGGCGCGCGGGCCUGGCCUGGCCUGGCCUGCCCCGCGUGCGCCAUGUACACCUUCGUGGUGCGCGACGAGAACAGCAGCGUGUACGCCGAGGUCUCCCGCCUGCUGCUGGCCACCGGCUACUGGAAGCGGCUGCGGCGCGACAACCCCAGGUUCAACCUCAUGCUGGGCGAGCGGAACCGGCUGCCCUUCGGGAGGCUGGGUCACGAGCCGGGGCUGAUGCAGUUGGUGAAUUACUACCGGGGGGCUGACAAACUGUGCCGCAAAGCUUCCUUAGUCAAACUAAUCAAGACAAGCCCGGAACUGGCUGAGUCAUGCACGUGGUUCCCGGAGUCUUAUGUGAUUUAUCCAACCAAUGCUAAGACCCCAGUUGCUGCCACGCAGAAUGGAAUCCACCUCCCUAUUAGCAACACCAGGACAGAUGAGAGGGAAUUCUUCUUGGCUUCUUACAACAAAAAGAAAGAUGAUGGAGAAGGCAAUGUUUGGAUUGCAAAGUCCUCAGCCGGUGCCAAAGGCGAGGGCAUCCUCAUUUCCUCCGAGGCCACAGAGCUUCUGGAUUUCAUAGACAACCAAGGCCAAGUGCACGUGAUCCAGAAGUACCUGGAGCGCCCUCUACUCCUGGAGCCUGGGCAUCGCAAGUUCGACAUUCGGAGCUGGGUCUUGGUGGAUCAUCAGUAUAAUAUCUACCUCUACAAAGAAGGAGUGCUUCGAACGGCUUCAGAACCCUAUCAUGUUGAUAAUUUCCAGGAUAAAACCUGCCACUUGACCAAUCACUGCAUUCAAAAGGAGUACUCCAAAAAUUACGGCAAGUAUGAAGAAGGGAAUGAAAUGUUCUUUGAAGACUUCAGUCGGUACCUAACAAGUGCUUUGAAUGUCACCCUGGAGACUACUAUCUUACUACAAAUCAAGCAUAUAAUCAGAAGCUGCCUCCUAAGCGUGGAGCCCGCCAUCAGCACCAGAUACCUACCAUACCAGAGCUUCCAGCUCUUCGGCUUCGACUUCAUGGUGGAUGAGGAGCUGAAGGUCUGGCUCAUCGAGGUCAAUGGCGCCCCUGCUUGUGCUCAGAGGCUUUAUGCAGAACUGUGCCAGGGCAUCGUGGACAUAGCCAUAUCCAGUGUCUUCUUGCCGCCAGAGGAGGAGCCCCCACCGCCGCCUGCUGCCUUCAUCAAGCUAUGAUCUGCCUCUGUGGCAGAAGCAGCCCUGGGGUCUGCCUGCAGGGGAUGGGUGGCUGAGUUUUGGGCCCAGAGCUAGGGAAGGAGGAGACUUGAAGGCAGCUUCUUCCCAAAGAAUGGGGGAGGCUGGCCAACACCGGGAUUGAGAUUUGGAAACUGAGGAGAACAGACUAUCCUUCUGGGGAGGGAAGAUGGGUCCUGUGGUAGCCCCAUCCUUUAAAAAGCACCUGAUCUGCCUUCCUAGCAGCCUCCCCAGGCUUGCGCCUGUUAGUUGAUGUUUCUUCUACCCGCUGCAGCCUUAGUGCCUUACUCACCCGCCCCCUCCCUGCUGCCACUCUUUUUUGGGGCACAGAUGGGAUAUUAGGACGUGCUGGAAAUUACCAGUGUUCCCUGGUCUCCCUCUUCUCCCCCAAUAUAACUCAAAACCAUGAGAAUUGGGACAAGCAUGCACUAACAGUACUUGGCCUUGCGUCUCACCUCACUCCAGUCACCCAAUGAGGCUGGGUGGGCCGGACAGGGGGCCGUAAAUGCUGUCAAUGGUCUGCUCUCUGCAUGUGUGAGACCAUGAGCAAGUCUGCCUCGAACCUGCAAACAUCCAAUAAGCAUGAGAGAAAAAUAGGAUGUCUUGCUGUCUUAGUAUUCGGGUAGGGUGGGGCUUUAGUUUUCUGUUAUCUUUGUUUCAACCUGAACUCUGUACGCACUUUCUCUCCAAGCUCCCUUUUCCUUUUUUGUCUGGUUAGACUUUAAAACUAAGCAA